AAUGACAGAUGACAAUGUGGAAGGCAGCGCUGACCUCCCACUGUAUUCACCUCUAACGCGGAGCCAUGUUUCGGUCUCUGAGACGCGUUCAGCAGUUUAACUGCAAACUCCUGACUUUGCAAAGACUCAGCGUCAGCUCUAAAGCCCCUCUCUGCACCUCCAGAAUGGCCAGUUCAGAGUACAGGAUUGAGCAGGACACGUUUGGGGAGCUCAAGGUCCCAGCUGACAAGUACUACGGUGCCCAGACUGUCAGAUCCACCAUGAACUUCAAGAUAGGAGGACCUAGUGAGCGAAUGCCAAUCCAAGUGAUUAAGGCGUUUGGUAUUUUGAAGAAAGCAGCAGCUGAGGUAAACAAAGAAUACGGCCUUAACCCAAACGUAGCAGACGCAAUCAUCCAGGCUGCAGAAGAGGUUUCAGCUGGUAAACUGGAUGAUCAUUUCCCUCUGGUGGUGUGGCAGACUGGAUCUGGAACUCAAACCAACAUGAACGUCAAUGAGGUAAUCAGCAACAGGGCUAUUGAGAUCAUGGGAGGGAAACUGGGCUCUAAAGAUCCUGUCCAUCCCAAUGAUCAUGUCAACAAGAGUCAGAGCUCCAAUGACACCUUCCCAACUGCCAUGCACAUAGCUGCAGCCACAGAAGUCCACCAGGUGCUGCUGCCUGGUCUGCAGACGCUGCAUGAUGCUCUUGCUGCCAAAGCUGAAGAAUUCAAAGACAUCAUUAAGAUCGGGCGCACACACACUCAGGAUGCGGUGCCACUCUCGCUUGGCCAGGAGUUUGGUGGUUAUGUCCAGCAGGUGAAGUACAGCAUUAAGAGAGUGAAUGCUGCCAUGCCCAGAGUGUACGAGCUGGCGGCAGGAGGCACAGCAGUAGGAACUGGACUCAACACCCGCAUAGGCUUCGCUGAGAAAGUAGCUUCCAAAGUGUCUUCACUCACAAGCCUGCCUUUUGUGACAGCCCCCAACAAAUUUGAAGCUCUGGCAGCCCACGAUGCUCUGGUGGAGCUGAGUGGAGCACUGAACACAGUGGCCGUCAGCAUGAUGAAGAUUGCCAACGACAUUCGUUUCCUGGGUUCAGGGCCCCGCUCUGGCCUGGGGGAACUCAUCUUACCGGAGAAUGAGCCAGGAAGCAGUAUCAUGCCAGGUAAGGUGAACCCAACCCAGUGUGAGGCCAUGACCAUGGUGGCAGCCCAGGUGAUGGGAAACCAUGUCGCAGUCACCAUCGGAGGCAGCAAUGGACACUUUGAGCUCAAUGUCUUCAAACCUAUGAUCAUCAAGAAUGUGCUGAACUCUGCACAGCUGCUGGGUGAUGCCUCCGUCUCCUUCACCAACAACUGUGUGGUGGGCAUCCAGGCCAACACGGAGAGGAUCAACAAGCUCAUGAAUGAGUCUCUCAUGUUGGUCACAGCUCUUAACCCACACAUUGGUUAUGACAAAGCUGCCACCAUCGCCAAGACUGCUCACAAGAGGGGGUCGACACUGAAGGCCAUAGCUGUGGAGCUGGGCUACCUGACAGAGGAGCAGUUCGACCAGUGGGUGAAGCCAAGUGAAAUGCUGGGGCCAAAAUGAACAUUCUUAACACCAACUAAUUCACCUUGGACUACUGUACCUUGUCUCCCUUGGUUUACAGUGUGUUUGUCCUGUGUUCAAGUCGAAUGAAAAUACACAAGAAUUUAAAAAACUCUGGUUUUCUGACAUUUUUCUUACAUUAGUUUACACACUUGUUUUCUAAUUUGUAAAGCAUCAGCCAACAUUCUUAUUCCAUCAUCAGGGAUGAAAGAGAAAGAAGCAUGUACAAUCUGUUUUCUUUAUAAUAAUACUCUAUAUGUAUUUAUAUAGCACUUGUCAAAAUGAAAUUACAGUGUUUCACAAAUAAAACCACAAGUUAAAUUUGAAGAACCGAAAACACACUGAAAGCCAGUUUAAAGAGGCUAAAACAGAACCAGAAAUAAUAAGAUAAACACAUGCAGGCUGGUCAAGGUUUAAAUAUGUAUUGUUAUAAUAAUGUAUACAAAAAAGGCACAUUUAUAAAUGAAAAAAAUAUGUUAUGUACAAGUUUUGAGUACAAGUUGUAAAAGAAGGUGAACAUUUCCUCCUCUUCUAUUUGGUCCAGCUGACCUUUGGAAUAUCAUAGUGCUCUCUGUCAGGGUGUCCAGGCGACAAUUGAAACCCUAUAGACAAAUGAAACAAUAGGAGAUAUGUUAGUUUAUUCUGAGUGUUCUGUGUGCAACGUGGGGGAAAAAAUUGACUGUAUGUCAGUCACCCAAAUUCCUAUAUUAACUCAAAUUAUUGUGUUGUUUUAUGAGUUUGAAUAAACAGUCAGUUUAGUUUGAAUGAUUCUCUGCAAGGUCUGAUGCCAUAUUUACCUUAAUGUGGUCUUUGUGUCUUUGAAGCUUUUUUCAUGAUCCACCUGCUGUAAGUAAAGAGACAGACACAAAUAAAUGUCUACAACAUUGUGCACAAUCGCUGUGACUUAAAAGUACAAUAAAACCCUCUUCACAUACAACUGAAUAAUGACUACAGUCAACCCAAACUCAGAAAUAUGGGUCUGGUCUUGAAGAUCAAAAAUAAAUCAAUGAUCCUGUGUGUGACAUUUAGGAAGAAAUUGAAUAUACUACCCAUAAGUAUGCUUCAAUAAGUGUUUAAAAUAAAACAUUGUUUUAAUUAUAGUAGGAUUAGAAUAAGCUAUUUAUGUGUCCUUUAGGCAACAGCCUUGCCAUCUUGAGCCGCCACAUUUGCACAGAUCCCAGAAAAACCGGCCAGAGCAGGAGGAAGGAGCAGAGAAUUCCUCCCUAUGUUGUUAUCAACAGUCUCGCCAUUAGAUGAAACUAAGCCUUACAUACUGGACCUUUAAAACAAACAUGAAGACUGUGUACAACAUGUGUUGAUUUUUAACAUUAUCCCACAGUUCUGUUCAGCAGACAUGUUUACAAGUGAAUAUAGUUGGCUUUUUCUCACUGGUGUUUACCGUAUAACUUGUACUUUGGUACAGUAGGAAAGUCAAAGAACAAAAAUGAACUUGUUGCCUCAUAAAGAUAACCCGAGUGUUAAUGUUAAACUACAAUAGUAUAGGUUUAUGUGGUUAGGCCUGAAAUGUAUGUUUACCAUAUGAUUAUGACAUUUUCUAUCCAAAAUGUAUCUGUAUUUUAUUUUAUUUCUGUUGUGUACUAUUUUAAAUCGGUGUAGUUUGUUCUAAUAUCACCUCCCCUGUGUCUGCAUGUUAAUCAGUGGUAAGCCUAUUAAUUCAUUAAAAAGUGGACUUUCAUACUGAUGUUGUUGUCACAAACAACCAGAUUGUUUUUGACUAAUAAGCUGGGAAGAUUGAGGUCUGCCACUUUUCAGCAGAUUUCAACGAUUCAAACAUUUACCAAGUAAACUGACCUGGUUUUCCCCCGCUGACAACUCACCCUCUUUGCUUGCAUCUUUUCAAAGGCUAUUUGUGCCGGUAUUCUUUUGCCAGCCUUCUCAGUUUUCGUCUCCCCGUCGUUUUGACUGGUCACAACCUGCUUCAAGCAUAGUGUGCUCCCUUUAUCCUUCUUCCUAAAAAAUAUAUGUAACAACAGUUAAUUAGCACUGGCACUGCGGCCACAAAUGAGCAGAUAUUUUCCAGUGUAAAAUAAUGUUUUCACAGCAGUUGUUGUUGUUCAAAUACAUUUAAGAUGUACAAUUUUAGCGAACAGGAUAACAUAAGCCUCGCCUAAAUAAAGCAGUUUUAAUCA